GUUGGGGCUUGCUCGUACUACAGAGCCACACGGAGGUCUCUGAGCGCAUCGCACACUGUUGGGAACCGGGACAAAUCACAAGCACACUGGGAGGAAGCCCUGAAGAUCUGAUACGGCGUCGAUUGCCAAUACAGCACGGACUCUGGUCAAUUCCUUCAGGUGGCACUAGCCUCACGCACAGCCCUGUUAAAGGAUCCCACUGUAGGGCUCUCCUCUCCUCUCCCGCUUGUCAAACACAAAUCCUGAGUAGCCACCGCGCGUACCUGGACGGCAAGAGGUUUUUUUUUUUGUGUUGGUGUUCAUGGUGUUUUCAACUGGAUUAUCACUUUCAACAAAUACACACAAGUGGCCAGCCGCUGCCGGAGUCAAAUCCAGGGAUUACAAUUGUUUGUAAAGCUCUUGGUUGUGCGUGCAGCGUCUGCCUGCGCGUCUUCUUCUUUGAUCAAGAGAGCAAAGUGCUGAUAAAUCUACUCCACCUGGACUUUGGACCUGAGUAAGGAGCUUCUCGGUGAACUGCACUUGACAGGAGCUGCAGCGACACAAUCUGGGGAGACUGAAUUCGUACUUGAGCAGCUGAGGGGGAAACUGAAAAUCCUGCGAAAAUGCCUCUCGCUCAGAUCGCGGAGCCAUGGCCCACAAUGGAACUAGUGCAACUGGAAUCGGAGAAUGGCCAGAGCACUGCUGAGGAUGGAGUCACGCCUGCUGUCAAGAACGAGUCUCGUAUCACCUGGAUAGAGAGGGACUUUGCCAAUAUUAGAGUGCAGGAAGAUGGAGACAUCAAGGAGAUCAACAUUACCCAUGUGGUCAAAGAGGGCUCAGAGAAGGCUGAUGCCUCUCAGUUUGAACUGCUCAAAGUGUUGGGACAGGGAUCCUUCGGCAAGGUGUUCCUGGUGCGAAAGGUGACCCCUCCCGAUGCCAACCAGCUCUAUGCCAUGAAGGUCCUCAAGAAGGCCACACUGAAAGUGAGGGACCGCGUGAGAACCAAGAUGGAGAGAGACAUCCUGGCAGACGUCAACCACCCAUUUGUUGUCAAACUGCACUAUGCAUUCCAGACUGAAGGGAAGUUGUACUUGAUCCUGGACUUUCUCAGAGGUGGAGAUCUCUUUACUAGACUCUCCAAAGAGGUGAUGUUCACAGAGGAGGAUGUGAAGUUUUAUCUAGCAGAGCUGGCGUUGGGACUGGACCACCUCCAUAGCCUGGGCAUCAUUUACAGAGACCUCAAACCUGAAAACAUUCUCCUGGAUGAGGAGGGACAUAUCAAACUCACAGAUUUCGGCUUGUGUAAAGAAGCCAUUGAUCAUGAGAAGAAAGCGUAUUCCUUCUGUGGUACUGUGGAGUACAUGGCACCCGAGGUUGUGAACAGGCAGGGGCACGACCAGAGCGCCGACUGGUGGUCAUUUGGAGUACUAAUGUUUGAGAUGUUGACUGGAUCGCUGCCGUUUCAAGGGAAGGACCGCAAAGAAACUAUGAACCUGAUUCUGAAGGCGCGCCUGGGAAUGCCUCAGUUCCUGAGUGCAGAGGCCCAGUCUCUGCUCAGGGCUUUGUUCAAGAGGAACCCUUCCAACAGACUGGGAUCUGGUGCUGACGGUGCAGAGGAGAUCAAACGGCAUGGUUUCUUCUCCACCAUUGACUGGAAUAAACUCUUCAGACGAGAAUUAAAACCUCCGUUCAGACCGGCGGUGGCGCGUCCAGACGACACCUUCUACUUUGACUCGGAGUUCACCUCCCGCACCCCUAAAGACUCCCCCGGCGUGCCCCCCAGUGCCGGAGCUCACCAGCUCUUCAGAGGCUUCAGCUUUAUUGCAGUGACUCAGUUGGAGGAGGAUGGUUGUCUGGAGCCAGUCAAGCCCCCGCCACACCCAGUGGUCCAGCAAUUACAUGGGAAGAACCUGCUGUUCAGCGACGGCUACGUAUUGAAGGAAGACAUUGGCAUGGGUUCCUUCUCUGUCUGUAAACGUUGUAUCCACAAAGCCACCAACACAGAAUACGCUGUCAAGAUGAUUGACAAGACAAGUACAGACCCCGCUGAGGAGAUUGAGAUUCUACUUAGAUAUGGACAGCACCCCAACAUCAUAACACUGAAGGACGUGUACGACAAUGGUAAGCAGGUGUUCAUGGUGACGGAGCUGAUGCGUGGAGGAGAGCUGCUGGAUCGCAUCCUCAAGCAGAAGUUCUUUUCGGAGAGAGAGGCCAGCGCUGUGCUUCACACCAUCACCAAGACUGCAGAGUACCUGCACUCACAGGGGGUGGUGCACAGAGACCUGAAGCCCAGCAACAUCCUCUAUGUUGACGAGUCGGGGAAUCCAGAGUCUAUCAGGAUCUGUGACUUUGGCUUCGCUAAGCAAUUGCGUGCCAACAACGGCCUCCUGAUGACCCCGUGCUACACUGCUAACUUCGUAGCUCCUGAGGUGUUGAAGCGUCAGGGCUACGAUGAAGGAUGCGACAUCUGGAGUCUGGGAGUCUUACUGUACACCAUGCUGGCCGGUUUUACUCCAUUUGCCAACGGACCUGAGGACACUCCAACUGAGAUCCUGAACAGGAUAGGCAACGGUCACUUCAGUCUGACUGGAGGCAACUGGGACACUGUGUCUGAUGCUGCAAAGGAUCUUGUGUCAAAGAUGCUUCAUGUUGACCCCCAUCAGAGACUGACUGCUAAGCAGGUCCUCAAACAUCCCUGGAUUGUCCAGAGAGACAAACUCCCCAACAGCCAGCUCCCACAUCACGACCCCAAACUGGUCAAGGGUGCGAUGGCAGCCACCUACUCUGCCCUGAAGAAAUCCCAACCAACUCCAGAGCUCAAGCCCAUCGAGAGCUCCUUCCUAGCUCAGAGGCGCGUCAAGAAGCUUCCCUCCACCUCCCUGUAGAGACUCAAAGCAACCAAUCGGCACACUGGAGACUGACCAAAACCUCCUGGCUCCAACCACCCAGUCAGCUUGCACGGUGGACUCAAAUGUCCACCUGCCUCUACCAGCCAAGGAACACUGACUGUGGUCCUGCCCCCAUCUUGUGACAUCAGCAUCAGUCCUGCUCUUGCUUACAUCCUUCUUGUUCAGGCUCGUCAACCGCUGUUAGGCAGUCUCCUUGGACUAGCGAAAGAUGGGGGGCCUAUGAGGGUUAAAAAAAAAAAUGCCUGCAGAUAUAUUAGUGCUGAGUGUGUGUGUGUGCGUCUGUGUAUGUAUGUGUGUGGGAGUGAAUGUGUGUUUGUGCAUGACUAGCGAUUGUGACUGGAGAUUGUGACAAUGAAAGUUUUUUUCUCUUAAUCAUUGCUGUGAUUGGUUGUCAUCCAGCUUGCUGCACGCCUGUCUGUCUGCCUGUUUUGUUGUCUGUCUUCCUGUUUUUUUUGUAAAGUUGAUGAGCUUUAUAUUACCGGGUAUGCUGCCAAAUCAACCUGUGCCGACAGCACAAAACCACAGUACUGUCCAACUGCUGUUAAAUGUUUUUGAAAGAGCAUUAUUACAUUGAAUAUUAAACAUUUCUGCCAUAAAUGCCUCUUAGGAUUUUGUGUGCGUGUGUGUGUGUGUGUGUGUGUGUGUGUGUGAGACUGACGGCAGGGUCGUGUGCAUGGUCCGGUGACGUGAUGUCAUGUGGCUUGUUUCUCUGCUCCCUUUUCUCUGCUUUGUCAACCUGCUGGCAACCAUUUGAGAUGUCUUUUCAUUUUAUUACUACAAAAACUAGUAAAAUAGGUGGCUUUCUGUGAAAGAAAACUUGCCCAAGGAACAAUGUGGCAUGUUAAAAUUCUAUAUUUGCUUUUCUCUUUUUUUUUCACUGUGUUUCUUGGAUAAUGCAUAGUGAAUGCUGUUUCCUGUGUUGGCUGCUUUUGUUGUUAAUUGUUUUGUUAUUUUCUUUUUGUCCAAAGAAAGUGGUGAUUUAAAAAAUAGUGAAAGACACGCUGAGCACAUCACAGUCUGUGGACUUAAUGCCGUGCAGGUCUCUCCUUCUCUUUUGGGAUGUGAAAGGAAAGCAAGGCUGACUUGUCUUUAUUUGAGCACUCCAACACAGCCUUUCUCUUUAAAACAAAAUGGUCAAAUCACUGGUUGCUAAUAUCACACAGACCUUCAGCAGUCUUGUGUUUAACUCUUUCAUGCAUGAUAUUUGAAUAAUUCCUUGGAUUCUGUUGAUUAUAUAACAUGUUUUCAUUUUAUUGACUCUCAAUUUGAGACAUCCUAAGGAAGAGUAAACAUGUCUCAGUGUAAGUAGCUUCACAGGAAAGGUACUGCUUUCAGCUCGGUGCCUGGACCUACAGGUGAGGCAGAAUGUCUUACAUGGGAAACACAUGAACAAACCAAACCGCAUGUAGGCUACAUGUGUAGAAGGGAAGACCUGUGUGGCUAAACAAUCUAUGAACCAGCUGUCUUACCUCAAAAGGGAUCAAAGUUAUAUUAUAAUUCUUGUUUUGUGGCAAAGUUAUCCCAUCUUUGAUUCAAUUUAUGGUAAGAUGCUAUUGUAUGAUAAAGAUGAAGAUUUUUAUAUCUUACAAAUAUUAAAAAUUCAGUUGCUACAACAUA